AUGCCUAAGAGUUUUGAAACUAUCGUCAAAGAAUGUCAUGAUUGUGGACAAAAUGGUCCUCAAUGGUGUUCGAUCAAUCAUGGUGUUCUUGUAUGUGAUGAAUGUUGUAGUGUACAUUUAAGUCUUGGUCGACAUAUAUCACAAAUAAAAUCUUUGAAACGAAGUUAUUGGCCACCAAAUCAAUUGAAUUUAUUAAAUGAAUUAAGCUCAAAUGGUGCUAAUCUUAUAUGGGAAUAUAGUCUACGUGAUCCACAAAAUAAAUUCCCAAAGAAAAAACCAUCAGCUAAAGAUUCACUUUCAAUUAAAGCUGAAUUUAUUCGAACUAAAUAUCAACAAAUGGCUUAUAUUAAUCGAUCAAAAGAUGAAACAAAUGGAACAUUGGAAGAUUUAAAUUUACAAUUACAUUCGAUUGUUCGAACAGAUAAUAUAAUAACAUGUUUAAGAUUUUUAUCUCAAGGUGCUGAUCCAAAUUUUCGUAAUCCGGAAACUGGAACAUCAUCUAUUCAUGUUGCUGCAAGUCGUGGUCAAUCAAAUCAAAUUGAACUUCUUUGUAUUUUUGGUGGUAAUCCCGCAACAGUUGAUGCUUCGGGUGUAUCACCAGAAGAACAUGCACGAAUAAAUGGUUAUUCUGAUUUAGCUGAUCGAUUAAUUGAACUUCAAUAUGAAUUAACUGAUUGUCUUAUAUGUUUUAUUGGUGGUAAACGACCAAAUCAUAAAACUAAUCAACAUAUUGUUCUAUCUGAAUUAAAUGAGAAUCUUGAUAUAUCUAAUCAAGCAUUAAUAGCUCGUCAAAAACUUCGACAAUUACCUGAUUCACUUUUUGAAGAUUUAGCAAUGGAUGUAUAUGAUGAAGUUGAACGACGAGAAUUAAAAUCAACAUGGCAUGCACAAGUUGAUCGAAAAUUAAUUCCUUUACAUGUUGUACCAUUUUUACCUGUUAAUCCAACAUUUUCAGCAACACGAAAUCAAGGUCGACAAAAAUUAGCUCGAUAUGGUGUAAAAGAUUUUAAUACAUUCAUUUAUGAUAUCUUAAAUGAAGUUCGUAGACGAUAUUAUGAUUUAAUUCAACCAUCAACUGUUUCCACAUCAACAAAAUAUCAUACAUUACCUCGACAAAAUAAAGUUUCAUCAAUAGCAAUGAUUGAUUCGGAUGAUGAACCUGUUUAUGAUAAAGUUGCAUCUGAUGAUGAUAGUAAUAGUUUUAAUAAUAAUAAUAAUAAUAAAGUACAAAAACGUAUUAUAUUAAGUAAAAAAUUUAAAAAGUUAGUAAAAAAUCAAUUCAUUGAUAAUUCAUUACUAUCUUCAAUUGAAUCUACAAAUUUAUUUGAUAAUUCAAAUUUAGAAAUAAUUGAAAAUCAAUAUUCAUCUGAUUUAAAAUCUCGUAUUAUUAAUACAGAAAUGCAAGUUAAAUAUUUAGCAUGUGCUCAUAUUGAUUUAAAAAAUGAAUUAUCUGUAUUACAUCAAAUGAUUCAACGAUUACUUGAUGAAAGUCUUGUAAAUAAAAUUAAUCAACAAGUAACAAAUAAUACAUCUACUGUUAUUAAUUCCAAGGAAAUAAAUAAAAUAAUUAAUAAAGUAAAAUAUUUAUAU